AUGUUUCAUUCACAUUUUAUGUCUUAGACAUUUUAAAUCUGCUUUAAUUUUGCCUUUUCGUCAGAGUAAUCCUGAGCAGCAGCUCCAACCUUCGCUUCGCUCAGUGGGCUGAGUUUGUUGGCUGGGAGCCACGCCUGGCAUCGAAGAUCCCGUUAAAAAGCUCGACUCAAACUGUUUGUUUUCUCUCCAGGGUUCUGACCGGGAAGACGUCCGUCUCUUUGUGUCUCUUUUCAUUCGUUCCUCAGCUCAAAUGGAGAUGAACAAUGGUGCAAUCAAGGAGAUGGACGUGGAUCACAUAGAUGAAGACCCCGGUGAACUGGACCUGGAGGCGGCGCUGGAGGAAUGUAACGUCGCCCUGCAUCUGUUUCUGAACAACCGGUUUGCAGACGCUCUGAGUUCACUGGAGCCGCGAAAGAGCCACAGCAUGUAUCAUGCUAUGGGCUACAGCAGCAUCCUACUGAUGCAGGCUGCUAUGACCUUUGACCCCAAGGACAUGGAUGUUGCCAUGGCGUCACUGAAGGAAGCUCUGCACACCUGCCAGAGAUUUCGGAGGAAAACUGGAAUAAUGGAGAGUUUAGCCAGCUUAUGGCAUGGGCAGCCUGCUGAGAAUUUGACAGAAGAGGAGAUGCACGCUGAGCUGUGCUACGCCGAGGUCCUGAUGCAGAAAGCAGCGCUGACGUUCCUGGAUGAAAGCGUCAUCAGCUUCAUCAGAGGAGGGAUGGGAAUGAGGAACAGUUAUCUCAUCUACAAGAACUGCCAGGCUAUGGAAAAUGUAAUAGAAGAUGGAGAAAAGGAAAGGAGCACACAUAUUCAUUUUCGAGGUGGAGUCAAUAUGGGCAUCGGAUCAUUUAAUCUGAUCCUGUCCAUGCUUCCAUCCAGAGUCCUCAGGCUCAUGGAGUUUCUGGGAUUCUCUGGAGACAGGGAGUUUGGUUUGUCUCAGCUGAGAGAGGGGGCAGCCAGUAACAGCCUGCGCUCCAUCCUCAGCACCUUGACUCUGCUCAUGUUCCACCUCUACAUGAGCGUCAUUCUGGGUACCGGUGAAGGAAACCUCGCUGAGGCUGAAGCUCUGCUCAAACCGUACACCGACAAGUUCCCCAGCGGAGCUCUGAUGCUCUUCUACACGGCCAGGAUCGCUGUGCUGAAAGGGAACUUCACAUUUGCUCAGGACCAAUUUCUGGCCUGCAUAGCGACACAGGAGGAAUGGCGUCAGAUCCACCACCUCUGCUACUGGGAGCUGAUGUGGGCGUACUCCUUCGAGCAGAACUGGACCGAGGCGUAUCGAUACGCCGACCGCCUCUGCAAGGAGAACAAGUGGUCACAGGCCACGUAUGUAUUUCAGAAAGCCGCCAUCUUGAGCAUGCUGCCAGAGGAGGAAGUCGCCAAGAUGGGAGAAAAUGUCGUGGCGCUAUUCAGGCAGGUGGACAGCCUCAGAUUAAGGAUUGCGGGGAAAUCGAUUCCAACCGAGAAGUUUGCUGCCAAGAAGGCCCAGAGAUACGCGUCGCCGAAGCCGCUGAAGCUCGUGGUUCCUGCUUUGGAAAUGAUGUACGUAUGGAACGGCUUCACGGUGGUCGGGAAGCGACCGGAGCUGACCGAAGGCAUCUUGUUGACUCUGGAGGCGGCAGAAGAGCAGCUGAGGAACGAUCCAGAUCCAUCAGAGUUUCACACAGACGACGCGUGUGUGGUCCAGAUGCUGAAGGGUUUGUGUUUGACGCAGCUGGGGCGGCUGGUUCAGGCGGAGAUCUGCUUCAACUUUGUGAUUUCCAGUGAAAAGGACAUCAAGCAUGACACCUACCUGGUGCCGUUUACCAUGUAUGAGCUGGGUUUGCUGCACAAGCUGAAAGGGGACUUUAAUACGGCCAUCACAGUCAUUGAAAAUGCAAAGAUGAACUACAGAGACUACAGCAUGGAGUCCAGGCUGCACUUCCGCAUCCAUGCAGCUCUCAACACCAUGGGCUCCUUCCAGGCCAAACUUCCUCCUUCUCGCACGCCGGCUUGAAAGACCAACAACGGGAGGAGAGCGGACCUAGAAUGUUUUCGCUUUCUUUUUUGUUGCAGCAGGUCUUAGAGUUUCACUUAUGUGUAAUUUAUACAUUUUUAACUGUAAAAAUGUUAUUUAACAUAGUGGACCCUUGUAUAUUUGUGGUCAGUAUUGACGAAUUCCCCUAUUCACACAUUUUUCUGGGAAAAAUUCAAUCAAUCAAUCAAAUUUUAUUUGUAUUGCACAUUUCAGCAGCAA